CUCGAGUCAUCAAAACCUUAAUUCUUCAUGAUGGACAAGAGUACUCAUGUGCUAGCUUUCGCAAGUGUAUUACAUCUUCUUGUUUUACUUCUUAGGUCGGUGCAUGGUGCCACAAUCACCUCAUGUAGCCAAACCCCAUACCCAGAAGUAUGCAAUCACUUCAUCAACACCCAUGAUCUUCCAUCAACCCUAUUAGGUGAAUUAGAAGGGUUCGAAUUUCAUGACAAAAUUUAUAAAGUGACUAUGAACCAUGCUAUCGAAGCCCACCGGCUCAUCACUGUCAUGGACCUGAAUUCAUUCAAUGGACGAGCGAAGUUGGCUUGGAAUGAUUGUUUGGAGCUCUACGAGGAUACCCUUAACCAGCUUAAUCGUUCCUUGAGCUCCAACAACCCGUCCGAUGCAUUAACAUGGAUGAGUGCCUCAAUUGCCAAUCAACAAACAUGUCAAAAUGGCUUUCACGAUUUCAACUUGUCUUCCAAAUUACAAUUCUUUCCAAGUAUGCUAAGCAACUUCUCAAAACUUGUCAGCAAUGCGCUCGCAGUAAAGAAGGCCGCGACUUUAUCAUCAACGUCGACGUUACAUAGCAAACAGAUUGGUGGCCGCAGACGCUUGCUUUCUGAUCAUGGCUUACCAACAUGGGUUUCUGCUACUGAUCGAAUGCUUCUCCAAUCAUCAGCGGCUACACCAAAAGCUGCUAUUGUGGUUGCCAAAGAUGGAUCUGGAGAUUACGAUACCAUUUCCGCUGCCGUGGCUGCAUCAGCGAGUGGUUCGAAGAGAGUUAUUAUACACGUGAAAGCGGGAAUUUACAGAGAGAAUGUUCUGAUCAAGAAGUCAAAUAUAAUGAUAAUUGGAGAUGGAAUUGGUGCUACGAUUGUUACCGGUAACAGGAACGUUAUAGGAGGCUCGACAACUUUCAGAUCUGCGACAUUUGCAAUUACCGGUGACCACUUCAUCGCCCGGGACAUAACUUUUCAAAACACGGCCGGACCCCAAAACCACCAAGCAGUUGCACUCCGGUCAGGCGGAGACUUUUCCGUUUUCUACCGCUGCAGUUUCAAGGGCUUCCAAGACACCUUGUACGUGCACUCUCAGCGCCAGUUUUACCGAGACUGUAACAUAUACGGCACCCAAGACUUCAUAUUCGGAGAUGCCGUGGUUGUCCUCCAAAACUGCAACAUCUUCGUGAGGAGGCCCUUAAAAGGUCAGAAAAACACCAUUACAGCACAAGGGAGAACAGAUCCUAAUGCAAAUACGGGCAUCAUUAUCCAUAAUUCUCGUGUCAUUGCUGCGAGGGAUUUGCUACCGGUGCAGCACUCGUUUCAAACUUAUCUGGGGAGGCCAUGGAAAGAGUACUCGAGGACGGUAUUUAUGAAGAGUAAUUUAGGCAGUUUGAUACACCCUGCAGGUUGGCUUCCAUGGACUGGAAGCUUUGCGUUGAGAACACUUUAUUAUGGGGAAUAUAUGAACGUUGGUCGUGGUGCCAAUACAGCAAGGAGGGUCAAGUGGCCCGGAUACCACGUUAUAAGGAGCCCGGAAGAGGCUGAACGAUUUACUGUUGGGAACUUUUUGGCCGGAAAUUCGUGGGUUCCGAGGGCUGGAGUGCCAUUUGUUGGUGGUCUUUGAUAUAUUAUUAUAUGUAUCAUGUGUGCAGUUGGGGGAAAGCAGGAUAUAUAUAUAUAUAUAUAUAUAUAUAUGUACGUUUAUCUUAGGGGCCAGACUGAUCGAUAGAUCAUAUUAUUAGUUGAAAUAAAAAGUGCAAGCAUGCAUUAAUAUUAAGCGAUUGUAUUAUCUAUGUAUAUGAAUAUUAAUAUCUUGUAAUUGAAAUGG